AUGCAACUGCUGCUGAUCUGGCCAGCCUAUCCCUCAAGUGGAACGGCCUACCCCGAAGACAGUCUCCUCAGCCUAGAGGAGCUUCGCAGUCUGUUCUACGAACGCAAUGAACUACGAUGUCGUCUGAUUGAGCUUGAGGCCACUCUGCAGCUUGCCGCGAAGGAGGAGAAGUCAGUCCAGACUUUUAGAAACUCUUGUGGCACCAUUAUUUAUAUGUUACUAAAGGUUUUAUGGUACAAGUAUAGCUUCAAGGCCCCACGGAAAAUAAACGCCAUCCUUAAUUGUAGAGGCCAUUUAGAGCCCAGGUCACCAGAAUAUUCAUACGAGGAACUCCUCUUCGGUCCGCUACCGUGCGAGCCUAUCGAGAAACUGCGACCUGGUUAUGCGGCCAGUCAAACAGGCAUCAAGCCUUUGUAA